AUGACAAAUAUAUUUGUCUUUUCUUUAGUGGAGGAACCAAGUUUGUGGGUUGGUUUGGAUAGAGAUUAUACAUAUGAUGAAUUAUUAGUUAGAGUAUUUAACAUCAUGCGAGAAAAGAAUCCUGAUAUGGUGGCUGGUAAGAAACAGAAGUUUGUUAUGCGUCCACCACAAGUAGUACGAAUUGGAACGAAAAAGACAUCUUUUGCUAACUUUACUGAGAUUUGUAAAACAUUGCAUAGACAGCCAAAACAUUUACUCGAUUUUUUGCUAGCUGAGUUGGGUACGAGUGGCUCAGUUGAUGGUAACAGUCAGCUUAUCAUCAAAGGUCGCUUCCAACAGAAGCAAAUAGAAAAUGUUCUUAGAAGAUAUAUCAAGGAAUAUGUUACAUGUCAUACGUGUCGCUCUCCAGAUACCAUUCUUCAAAAGGACACACGACUAUUCUUUUUACAAUGUGAAACUUGUGGUUCAAGAUGUUCUGUUGCUAGCAUAAAGUCUGGAUUCCAAGCUGUUACAGGAAAACGCGCUGCUAUUCGUGCUAAAACUGCCUAAGCAAUUCUUUAAGAAGAUGCUAGUGCAAAAGUAAAAUAUUAUGAAAUAUAAAUAAACAGUACAAGUGAUUGCAUCUCGAAUUGAUUUAAAUACAGAAAUGUAGAUAGUAUUAACUUGGA